AUUUUGCUCAUUUAAAGGACUAUUCAAAUGAAAACCAACUCAAAGACAGCAAUAAUGAGUCAAGAAAGAGAAAGCGCUCCAUCUGAGAGCAAUGAGGAGUACGAUAAGCACAUCAAGCCUGCAGGGGGUACAGAUUUUCAGCAGAUGCCAGAUAAUCUGUCUGAACAACCAAGUGAUGAUCUAUCUGCUCAACAGCCUCACAUGACCAAAUCUGAAAUCGACUCGAUGAUGGACAGUCAAACACUAACAAAGAAGGAAAGGCUAGAGAUGGCCACUGAAAACACUGGUAUGAUUAUCUGAACAGAAGAUGACUACAAUGAAGUUGGCGCAAACUAUGUUCCCAGAAACAUGGAGGAAUCUCUUAGAUACAUCUUCAACAGAAUGUCCAGGUCCGUUGAUAAGGACCUUGAUCAAAUAAAGAUCGGCCAACCAGCAGUCCAUAAAGUCCUAUACUGUAAGAGAUUAGUACAGCAAUUGAAGAACAAAACCAUUCAGAAACUUUUCUUAUGAAAUGAUGGCUUGACUUACCUAAGCAUGUGGUUAGAGAAAUCUGUCGAUGGGUGAUACCCAUGCGAUGAAGUUCUCGGAACAAUUCUCGACAUCUGUGAGUUCCUUCCAGUCGGUUCAGAGCACCUGCAUGGGACUAAAAUAGGAAAACAGGUGAAGAAACUUGAAAAAGAAGCUCUGUCCGAGAAGAUCAGGUCGAAAGCAUCCGAGGUGCUCCACAAAUGGUACAGAGUUGUCUUCGAACUCAACACUGGAUAUGAUGAAUCUGGGCUAUAUGAAAGACAAUAUAGGGAAUACAGGAAGAAAAGACUUGUAGAAUCUGGGUUUAUGAAGGGAGAUAAUGAGGAAGAUGAAGACGAGCUUGAGGAAGUACCUGGACCUGGAGGGGAAGGAGAAAAAUCAGAGAAAACACAGAAAAAGGAACUACAAUAUGACCAAAAUGGAGUCGCCUGUGAUAGAGCUUAUGUUCCUAAGAAGCCUUCAUUUGAUUUUACAUACAGACCAGUUGCAGAAAUGGAGAUUCCUUACAGAGCACCUCAGGAUGAUAGAGGGUUGAAAAAUGAGAUAACGAGGAGUAUCCAUUUGAUGCACAAGGCUGCUGCCAAAGCAGGAAGGAGAUUUAAAGAACUUCAUAAGUAA